AUGGACCGACCAGUGGUCCAUCGGUACCACCUGGACCUGUUGGGAUUCGGCGAUCUCCAGGUUGUCGUCGAGCGCCACAACGGCGGCCCGAGGGUAGCCCUCACGUCUCGAGGCGUCCGAGUAGACGACGAUGUCAGGCGUGGACCGCGUGGUCUCGGCCCGAUCUCUUGCCGUUUCUCGGUCUGUCCCGACCUCAAUCUCCGCGAAGGCCUCGGCUCGCCACGGUAA